CACAGAUACUGAGUGGACAGAGGCCCUUGCAGGACCAGAGAGAACAUGGAGAGGAAGAGCACCGGCUCCACGGACACCGGCGGCAGCAGCUGCCAUGAGAACCGGGGUCGGGGGUCGCAGCUCCCGGUGGUGGUGGCUGAUGCAGACGAAGCAGCUACCGCAUUUUACAGUCGAGAUCAAAGAGAUUAUCUUGAUUCUGUAGAUCAUUGGUCCCGGUUUCUUACUUUAUCAACCACCUGCUAAACACUUGGAAACACACCCUCAAAUUGCAGGAAUUACAUCGUGGUCGUCCUGACGCCUCUUCUGCUUCUGCCGCUGCCACUCGUCAGUCCGACUCCAGAAGCAAAAUGUGGCUAUGCGAUCAUCCUCAUGGCGCUGUACUGGUGUACAGAGUGUAUCCCCCUGGCUGUGACCGCCCUGCUACCGGUCAUUCUGUUCCCCAUGAUGGGCAUCAUGGAGUCAGGAGAGGUUUGUAUCCAGUACCUGAAAGACUCCAACAUGCUCUUUUUUGGUGGGCUGCUGGUGGCCAUCGCUGUCGAGAACUGGAACCUGCACAGGAGGAUCGCCCUUCAAGUUCUGCUCAUUGUAGGAGUGAAGCCUUCUCUUCUGAUGAUUGGUUUCAUGAGCACCACAGCCUUCCUGUCCAUGUGGAUCAGUAACACAGCCUCAACAGCCAUGAUGCUGCCCAUUGCAAACGCUGUGCUGCAGCAGCUGUGUGACACAGAGGCCAACGCUGAAGAGAGGGAAUAUGCUCAUGGAAGGGACGGUUUGGAGAAUCCGGAAUUUGAGAUGAGCGAAGAAAGCUAUGACAAGGAGCUCAGACUAAAGGAAAACAAAAUCCACUUCGAUUCAGAUGAUGAUGACACCAAAGACAAAAUGGAAAUCAAAGAAAACAAUGUCAAUUCAAGUGUUAGUGAGAGGAGUCCAGAGGCCGAGGAGCGAAGACUGAAGAGGGAGCUGUGGUACAAGAACCUGUCGAAAGGCAUGAGCCUCAGUGUGUGUUACGCCGCCAGCAUCGGAGGGACAGCCACCCUCACUGGAACCACGCCCAACGUCAUCCUGAAGGGCCAGAUUGAUGAACUCUUUCCAGGUAAUGGAGGUAUAAUCACCUUUGCGAGUUGGUUCGGCUUCUCAUUCCCCAACAUGUUGCUCAUGCUUGCUCUCUCUUGGUUGUGGCUGCAAUUUGUGUUUUUGGGUUUCAACUUGAAAAAGUCCUUUGGAUGCGGCGAAGCUGGUGACAGCGAAGCGUACCAGGUGAUCAAAGAUGAGUACAAAAAGCUGGGCCGUAUGUGCUUCGCUGAGGGCUGUGUGCUUUUUAUCUUCAUUUUGCUGGUUAUCCUGUGGUUCACGAGGGAGCCUGGGUUCAUACCGGGCUGGGCCACUGUCCUGUUCAACAAAGACAAGCCGUUCGUCACAGACGGCACUGUGGCCAUAUUAAUGUCUUCGCUCUUCUUCUGCAUCCCGUCAAAUCUGCCGAGAUGUUGGUCUAAUGAUGGAGCACCGGCUGAAGCCCCCUCUCCUCUGCUAACUUGGGACAUCGUCCAUCAAAAGAUGCCGUGGAACAUCCUCUUACUUCUUGGCGGAGGUUUUGCGUUGGCCCACGGAAGUGAGGUAUCUGGACUCUCUCAGUGGCUGGGAGACACUCUCAUUCCGCUGCAGAGCAUCCCUCCUUUCGCCAUCUCCAUCCUGCUGUGUCUGCUGGUGGCCAUGUUCACCGAAUGCUCCAGCAACACCGCCACCACCACACUCUUUCUGCCAAUACUGGCCUCCAUGGCAACUGCCAUUAAGAUACACCCGCUGUACGUCAUGUUACCCUGCACCAUCUCUGCCUCGCUGGCUUUCAUGCUGCCCGUAGCCACGCCACCCAACGCCAUUGCCUUCUCCUACGGCAACCUCAGAGUUAUAGACAUGGCUAAGACUGGAUUCAUCCUGAACUUUGUUGGUGUCAUAACCAUCAACAUUGCCAUUAACACGUGGGGUGUGGCCAUGUUCGACCUGAAUACGUUUCCCUCUUGGGCUAAUGUCACCAAAGGUCCGUGAACAUGAGCUCAGGAAAACGGAAACAGGGGAGAAAAAAGAGGGGAGAUGAACAAUAUCAGAACAGCCCGAUGUGCACUGAGGCCUGUCCCUGAAGGCUGAUACAGGUUCCUCUCUGCAGCUUUCUGUCUCACAUCCUGCCUCACACUGUGAGCUGUGUGCUCAGAAACCAGUAGGAAACACUGGGGAAUCUUUUUGUUCAUGUUUUGACUGAAGUGAGUUCAGUUCAGUUAGAUCAUUUAUCUUCUGGACAGACAAAAAAACUGAUCAGAAGUUAAUAUAAUUCAUAUCCAAGAUUGACUUUCUGUAUUUUACAUACAAGACAUCAUAUUUAAAAUCCAGUGUUCUUGCAUAAAAACAAGGAGAUUGCUGUAAAGAUAUAUAUUGUGGCAAAUGUUUAUGUUGUGAGUUCAUUGCAUGUGUAAUAAAGUGCUACACUAUCCUAAUAUAAUAAACUUAAGUUAAACAAAUAAUAAUUUGCAAACAUUUACAAUCUUUAUUUUUACAGUACUUUACAAGAGUCACAAAGUGCUUUACAGGGAGAUAACAUUUUUAAAUCAGAGUUGUACAGGUUCAUACAUAAAUGUUAAAUGGUCUGUAUUUAUAUAGCACUUUUCUAGUCUUGAUGACUACAAAACAGAAAAUAUACAUAGGAAAACAAUACAGAGUACAGUUAAAAGCAUUAAACAGAGCUUGGACAUAUUAAUUACUUUAAGAUCUUUUGAAAAAGAUUUGUCUUUAUGUGUUCUUGUUAUUAAACACGGGAUGACAUCCCCUUUAAACCAAAUGACCAAAAAACCACCACCUUAAUAACCUGCCAAUACUGCCACCCUGUCUCAGC